CGCAAACGUAUGGUUUAUAAUAAAUAAUGCGCUGAUUUUCUGAAAUAUAAUUGCGUGUUUAAUUGGGAUUGCCGUUAAUGAUUGACGUUUAAAUAUAUAAAAUAAAACCAAUUCACUAUUAUAAAUACCUCGUGCCUCUUCUUGGGUACAAUACUGAGAGUGUAUUUUUGUUUAUACUACGCCUUGACAUGAAGAUUCUGUUAAUUUGUUGUACUAUUGUGGCAAUUUGGGAGGUAGCAACUGGUAAGAUUAACUUUAGCGAGUCAUAUGAAGAACAAAUGCAGAAGGUAAUUGACGAAUGCCAGUCUGACCCGGCUACUCGUGCUUCUGACGAUUGGAUACAAUCAGAAGACCUAGAAACUGCAGAAAAUCAAGGGGCUCAUAUAUUAUGCCGCUUGACAAAAAUCGGCAGCGUAUUGCCUAAUGGAGAUAUUAAUUCCGGAGCAAUGGAAGCUGAUCUUUCGAAGGGUAUAUCAAUUCGUAAGAUCGUUGAAAAAAUUGUCGAAAAGUGUGGAAGUCGCAUGCCUGGCUUGUCAGCUGAACAAAGCGCAGUAAAAAAUUUUAAAUGCGUCCUUUCAACUUAUAAGAGUAUGUCGGACGAAUAAAUAUAUAAUUAAAUACAUGCUUUAUUAAUAUAAUUUACUGAAAUGUAAA